CUUUGUCCCAAUCAGCGCACGCGUUAUAUUAUUGUUAUUUUAUGAAUGAUUUUAUUGGGGAUUUCUUAAACUUAUUCUUCUGUGGUUUGCUGGCCAAGAUCAAUUUUCUGAUUUUCAGAAUAUGAUCAUAACUGCAAAUUUCCAAAUUCAAAUUAUCAACGUUUAAUUACCUGUGAUUCCAUUUCUUGAUAGAUCUGCCGCCAUUUCUGAUCAACAAAAGUCAAAAAUGUUGAAGAUUGUGGUGGAUAAUUUGCAACAUCCAGACAUGGCAAUACGACGUAUCAGUAUUGAAGCUGUGCAACAAUUGAAUAUACUGACAGAGAAAGCUAUCGAAGGACUCGUGAUGUGCUUGGCAAACGGUUCUGAGGAAUUACAGCAAGAUGCCCUUGAUGCUUUGUCUAACUUGAUAGGUGUAAAAGACAAAAAAGGUCUUAAAAAUUUGUUUGUGAAAAUGAACAUCCUUUCACCAUCUCCAACUCCGGAGUCGAAAAUGCCCGUUUUGCGUGGAAUACAGUUAAUUUCAAGAGAAGACAUGUUAUCUUCCAAACUGAAAAUUUCCAAGGAAAAGCUGGAGAAAAGUAAUUAUAUAAAAAAAUGGUUGUCUACCAGUCUAGAUGACAUCAAUGGCGACGACAGCCAAUCUCUUCAACGAGAAAGCCGCAUUUCAAGUUUUAGAAAUUUGAAUCCAAUUCAGUCUCAAACACGUGUAUCGGUAGUUAAUUUGACGCUUCACAAAUCCUCCACACACUCUAUAUCGUCUUUGCAUGAUCUUCGAGGAGGGGAUAUGUUACCUCGCCUUGAUGAUAAACUAAAAUACAGACCCCCGAGCAGAAUGAGCGGCUGCAACUUGUUAUCAAGGCUUGGAUUCGAUGCUUUAGAUGUCUAUGACAUGCGCGCGACGAGAAUGGGCUCGAGAGCCGAAGAAAGGCCCUCGUUUGUGUUAAGGGGAUCCUCUUUUGUAAAGAUUGCCGUAAGUGACGAUCAAGACGAAAGUGAGCAAGUUGGUCAGAGUAAAACGUUAAAAUCAAUGAGACAAGCUGAUGGGAAUACGUCAAAACGAAACCAAACAAACCAAGAGAAAGUCGUUCUCCCAAGAAUUAUCGACGGAGUGAAGACAAGUAUAAGCAGCACAACGCGCAUUGCUGUUAAGCAAAAGAGUCAUGAUCGAGUGAAAGAUGAAAAAACUCAAGAUGUAUUGAAAUUACCUGACAUAGAACAACGAUCUGUACAUUGGAGGUCUACAUCCAGAGGAAAAGUUCAUAAGUUUAUGAAAUAUGACUCAAAAGUAAAAGGCAUCGACGAUCGAUCUUCCCAGAAUGCCCGGCAUCAUUUUGAAGCUACACUCAACAACGAAAGACGGAAAUCCUUACUUCGAGGAUUACAGCAGCGUCGUAUCGAAAGACAAUUACUUCUCGAAAAUCUUCAAGAAACCCCAGAACGUUUCCUGGUCUCAACGGCGUCAUCACUCUCGCGUGAUAAAACAGCUGAAUUCCGAUUGAUACCGAAGAUAAAAAUUCGUUGUACAAAGCGUGUUGGUACUAGCGAGCGCAAAAGAGCCAAGUUGGGCGAUGCAUGGCGCAGAGACAAGACAUUUGACGAAGUAUCUUCAGAUACGUCUGAAGAAGCUACGUCGAUAUCAAUCAAUGAUAGACUAUGCGCAAGCCAUUCACAAGCGCUAACAUCCGUACUUGAGGAACCCCGGAUGAUCACAAUGGAUAAAGAUUUUAAACUAAUUUACCCCCCAAAGGCACUGCGCUUAAAUAUUACACGUUUCCUUCUCCAUCAAAUGCGAUUUUUACGCGAAACGAUGACGUGAUUGGUGAGCGGUUAUUACAAAGUGUGUCUGUGGUCGACAAGAAAAACCUUGGUAAUAGAAAGAUGGAGGGCGAAACUUUGAGAGUUUUACCAGUGAAUCCAAAACUGACGAUCGAUACUGGAUGCCAUAAUGAAGGUCUAAGUCGCUAUGGAAUUCUCGAAGCAAUGUGGACCUCAGGGGGUAAUGAUGAUACACAGUGUACCCACAGAUGUUCAAUGAUG